AUGGGUUUACACUCGACUCUCGACAAUUUCGAUCACAAUAUGGUGGCUCAACUGAAAUCUUGGAAGGGUUGUGUGUCGCUUUCAUUGUUCGUUGAUGCGCCAGAAGAAAGUACAGCACCACAACCGAUGACACCGUUUCAGCUAAUGGCUGAAUUAUCGUUAAUUCGUUUCUUUCAACAGCAUUCGAUCACUAAUGUCACCGUUCAUCAAGUUUUCGAGCAAUGGAAUGACGAGAAUGGGUUUCGUUGUGCCGAUUAUCGCCUUGAAAGAUUGAAAGUCCUUCCCGAAGAGCUGAAAUCGAUUCUCGAUCUCCAAGAACAGCCAUCGAUGGGUGAAGAAGAUUUAUACCCGAUUAAUGUUAUGAGAAAUAUUGCAAGAAUGUUUAUCCCAAAGUUUUCAUUGACCACUUUGGCUGAUUCCCAUUUUCGAUAUUCAAAGAAUUUUUCCGAGAACAUAUUGGAGACGAUUCGGAGUACUAGAGUUUCGGUCAAUUUGCGUCGAGCUUUGUUCGUUUAUCCGAGCUUUGAAGGUUUACCCAAUGACAAGAAUCACAUUCCAAAUACAAGAAACGAGUUGAGAGAUGCGAUUUUGAAUGGAACGGCACAGAGCUUUAUGAAAGACGCAAAUCCGAUGGCUCACUUCUUGAGAGAUCUUGAUCAAUGGCUGCACAACGAGAACGAUGUCGGGAUUGGGGAUUCGGGGUAUCUUCACUCGGAAUGGGAUCCCCAAUUCGUUUCACUCAACUCACUUCCAUUUCACGACGAGCGCUUUCCUUAUAUGCAGGCUGACAAUCUAAAUCAAAGAUGGGAGCUUUGUCGUUCUGGUUAUCGUUUCAUGAUUCUCCAUGGAGCCUUCGCAAUUCAUCCAGGCAUUCGUCCUGGAGAUGACUCGUUUCGAAAAAAAAUGAGAAGAAAAAUGUGGAAAGUAAUCGACAAGGCUAUAUCUGAUUUCAUUGCUUUCAUCGAAUCAACCUAUCCACAAACUUACAGGAAAUGCCCUGAUUUUGAGAUUGGAAAACCUUGGAAACAGCCACUCCCUUCUCACGACUCAAACGCCACUGAAUCCAUCCACCAAAACCGACCGAUUUCUCGGAAACAAACUUUGCAGACUUAUCUUAAUGCUAUGGUGGCUUUAAGAAAAGCAAAGCAAGAUCACUUCGGCGGGAUUGAAUUCAUCGAAGAGGCGAUUCCAGAUAUUGGGAAACCG